CAGACCGAGGCAGCGAGGCGGGGGUGCGGGAGCCUCCGCGGCUGCGCGGGCGCGUGCUGGUGGCCUCGGCGGCGGCUCAGUCCCGGCCCGCGCCAGCGGCGCCCCCGCUGCGGCCCGAGCGGCCUGGCUGCGGGAUCGGUGCGCAGCGAUGGCGCGGCCGCCCCGGAAGCAGCCGGGGGUCUGGGCGCCGCUGCUCCUGCUGCUGCUGACGGGGCCCGCCGCCUGCGCCGCCAGCCCCGCGGACGACGGCGCGGGUCCAGGGGGCCGGGGACCCCGCGGCCGCGCGCGGGGGGACGCGGGCGCCGACGAGGCGGUGCCGCGCCACGACUCCUCUUAUGGCACCUUCGCGGGGGAGUUCUACGACCUGCGCUACCUGUCGGAGGAGGGUUACCCCUUCCCUACUGCUCCUCCUGUGGAUCCAUUUGCCAAAAUCAAAGUGGACGACUGUGGAAAAACUAAGGGAUGCUUUAGAUACGGCAAACCAGGCUGUAAUGCAGAGACCUGUGACUACUUCCUCAGCUACCGGAUGAUAGGGGCUGAUGUAGAAUUUGAGCUGAGUGCAGACACAGAUGGUUGGGUAGCAGUUGGAUUCUCUUCAGACAAGAAAAUGGGUGGUGAUGAUGUCAUGGCCUGCGUCCAUGAUGACAAUGGCAGGGUCCGCAUACAACACUUCUAUAAUGUAGGCCAGUGGGCAAAGGAGAUUCAGAGAAACCCUGCCAGAGAUGAAGAAGGAGUUUUUGAGAAUAAUCGCGUCACCUGCAGAUUUAAACGCCCUGUGAAUGUUCCCAGAGAUGAAACAAUUGUUGAUCUGCAUUUGAGUUGGUAUUAUCUGUUUGCUUGGGGUCCAGCGAUUCAGGGCUCUAUCACGCGACAUGAUAUAGACUCACCGCCGGCUUCAGAGCGUGUUGUCAGUAUUUACAAGUAUGAAGACAUUUUUAUGCCAUCAGCUGCCUAUCAAACCUUCUCAUCUCCAUUUUGUUUGCUUCUGAUAGUUGCUCUGACAUUCUACCUAUUGAUGGGAACCCCCUAACCACAGCUACAGGGCCAACAGAUUAUAUGGAUUGGGAAGCCUUUAGUAUAAAUAUAUUUUUAAAGAAUAUCCAGUAUUAUUUUAGCUUCGAUUAUUUGAGAGAAAAAAAACCCAUAUGAUUUCAGCUUUUUAGAAGAAAAAACAAGCUUCUUUUCUAGUCAAAGAGGAUUGUUUAACAAUGACCCUAUACUUUUGGAAUGUACUUACAUCUUUUCUAAGUAUUUUCAAAUAUGUUUUCUUAUUUAACUUCACAACGUCUCUGAGUUGGAUUGAUGAAAAUUAUGAUUGCCAUCUUCCUGAAUGGGAUUUGAGACCCAGAAAGGCUGCCUUUUUAUAAUCCACAUACCAUGUAGCUUUGGCUGGAAAUAACAAAUAGAAAAGCAGAGAAAGAACUGUGUAUAGACAUCAUGUCUCAAAAUGGGUCUUUCUUUACUGUGAGUGGUAUAGCACAAGAGAGUUAUUUUGAGUAUCACUAGGGAGAAUUUUACUGGAUGUCAUAAGUUCACAGUCAGCCUUUUAGGCAGAAGAACUUUCAAAUUCCCAUAAAGCAGAAGUGCUUUUGGAUAUUUACACAGCCAAUGGGGAGAUUAGAUGAAAAUACAAUGAUAUGAAAAUAGUCCAUAUUUAUUUGAAAUUUCAGCCAAGCACGGUGGCUCACACCUGUAA